AACCCGGACUGUUCGGCCGUUCAGAUCAGUGGUUCGACACGAGCCUUCGGGCAAAUAGACCACACCAGGUAGCGAUGCUUGCCUGGACAACUGUUAUAAACCAAUACAGCUGAUUGAAGCAAUACAACUGAUUGUGAGACUUUUAAUCCAUCAGCAAAAAUGGUUCCCACAUCUCAGACAGCUAUCGUCCAGUCACAGGCGACCGAAGCUCCUCCCUCCUCGACGGGCUUUGCCCUGACCGUCGCGCAUGACGUUCCGGUACCACAAUUGCCCGCAGACAGCAUGCACCAUGUCCUCAUACAAGUAUCAGCGGUGGCUCUUAAUCCUACGGAUUGGAAGAUGGUUACUCACUUCCCCAUGCCGGGCCAUGUGGUGGGAUGCGACUUCUGUGGGGUGGUGGUAAAAGGGGUCCCUUCUCACCCGGUCGGCACUCGAGUAUGUGGGGGAAUGUUCCCUUACAAUCUGGACCCAGUCAGCGAUCCGUCGAACGGUGCCUUUAGCCAGUGGGUUGUUGCUGACGUGAGACUCCUGCUAAAAGUCCCUGAAGCCUGGACGGAUCUGCAGGGUGCAGCUUUGGGGGGCGUUGGGUGGGGUACAGUAGGACUUGCGCUGUUUCAACCAGAUGCUCUGAAUCUUCAUGGUCGACCAAGCGAGCCAACAGGGAAAAGUGAGCCUGUGUUGGUCUAUGGUGGCGGCACAGCUACUGGUACGAUGGCUUGCCAAGUCUUGAAAUUGUCCGGUUAUAUCCCGGUUGCCGUAACAUCACCCCAAUCCGCGAGCUUGGCCAAGAGAUAUGGCGCCAGCAAUGCGGCAUACUACACCUCGCCAACAUGCGCCGCCACGGCUCGCUCCCUAGCCCAAGCUCCUAUCCGCCAUGCUUUAGAUUGCAUUACUAGCGCUGAGUCGGUAGCCACAUGUUUCAGCGUCAUCGCACGGGUUGGUGGCAGAUACACUUGUCUCGAGGAGUUCCCGGAAGUUUGGCGCACGCGACGUGCAAUCAAGACCAAGGAAGUUAUGGGAUAUGAAGGCCUGGGAGUUCGCGUCGACUUCGGCCCAGACUCGCCGUAUUCCCGCGAUGCAGACUACGAUGCAUUCGACGUAUGUGUCAAAUGGGCUGCUGACAUGCAGGUCUUAGUUGACGGGAAUCUCAUCCAAGCCCACCCAAUACGCGAGUUAGAGGGACAGUGGGACGGCAUCCUUCGUGGCCUUAAGAUGCUGCAUAAAGGCGAGGUCAAGGGUCAAAAGCUGGUGGUUAGAAUACAAUCAUAGCCGUUAAUGUAGAUACUAUACAUCUAGCAUAUCAAGGCAGCUAGGUUGUGCUCUUGAAUGUAGCUGCAGUCAGCAAUGCGACGCCACUGCAUGAAUUCCUGGAGCGUAUUAUCCCACUGGAAACGGUCGGCCGCGUACA